AAAUACAUUAUUUUCAACAACUGUUGUCAAUUGUCAAAUCGUUGUCGUUUAUAGCGUCUUGUUGUGGCCGUAUUAAGAUACACGUGUUUUUUAAAAUUAAAAUUGAUUUCCAUUUUUAUUAUUGCAAUUUAAAAAAAUCUUGACAAAAGACAUUUUGUCUCUUUUAGAUUACUGCCUAUUAACAUACUCUUAAUUUAACUUCCUCAGUGACGCGAGAAAUCGCAGAGAGGUUCAGUAGUUAUUCAAAAGUGUUAAAAGAAGUAUAAAAUGGCUGAAUCCGAAGCGUCUGUUAAUCCCAAAGCCUAUCCUUUAGCUGACACGGCUCUAACAGCUAAAAUUUUAAACCUCGUGCAGCAAGCGGCUAACUACAAACAGUUGCGCAAAGGUGCCAAUGAAGCCACCAAGACCUUGAACAGAGGACUGUCCGAGUUCGUCAUUAUGGCGGCGGACGCCGAACCACUGGAAAUCGUUUUGCACAUUCCAAUUCUUUGCGAAGAUAAGAAUGUGCCUUAUGUGUUUGUCAGAUCCAAACAAGCUUUGGGUCGAGCCUGUGGAGUGUCCCGGCCGAUAGUGGCGUGUUCCAUCACUAUCAAUGAGGGAUCACAACUGAAGCCGCAGAUCCAAAGUAUUCAGCAAGAGAUAGAGAGACUCUUAGUGUGAGUGUUGUGACGGGUGCAAAGAAGUUAUAUUUUAAUACAAAAGAUAUAAAAA